UCUCUUUCUCUUUUUUUUUUCAACUCAUUUUACCAAGCUGCUGACCGAGAUACAGAACUGAACGGGUAUUCCUGGAAGGCAAGGCACUACAAUGGCAACCACAGUAUGUUUCAUCAUCUGGGUGUUAUUCACCACAGAUACUGUGUGGACUCAAAGUGUGAGACAGGCCUAUGAGGUCCGUGAGCCAGAGGACUGGGAUGUGGAUGACUAUGACUGUCCCAGGGAAUGUUUCUGCCCUCCCAGUUUCCCCACUGCUUUAUACUGUGAAAAUCGAGGUCUCAAAGAAAUCCCUGCGAUUCCUUCAAGGAUCCGGUAUCUCUACCUUGAAAACAAUCUGAUAGAAACCAUCCCUGAGAAGCCUUUUGAGAAUGCCACCCAGCUGAGGUGGAUAAACUUAAACAAGAACAAAAUCACCAACCGUGGAAUUGAAAAGGGAGCUCUGAGCCAGCUAAAGAAGCUGCUUUUCCUAUUCCUGGAGGACAAUGAGCUGGAGGAGGUGCCUGCCCCACUGCCAAGGAGUUUAGAACAGUUACAAUUAGCUAGAAACAAGGUGUCCAAAAUUCCUCAAGGGACCUUCAGCAAUCUUGAAAACCUGACCCUUCUUGACCUGCAGCACAAUAAGCUGUUAGAUAAUGCCUUCCAAAGAGACACAUUCAAGGGACUCAAGAAUCUCAUGCAGCUAAACAUGGCCAAGAAUGCCCUGCGAAACAUGCCCCCAAGAUUACCCGCCAACACCAUGCAGCUGUUUCUAGACAACAACUCCAUCGAAGGAAUACCUGAGAACUAUUUCAAUGUGAUUCCUAAAGUGGCCUUCCUGAGACUCAACUAUAACAGACUGUCCGACACAGGUCUCCCAUCGAGAGGUUUUGAUGCUUCAUCCAUUCUAGAACUUCAGCUGUCUCACAAUCGGCUCACCAAGUUUCCCCGAAUCAGUGCUUUCCUGCAGCACCUCCACCUUGACCACAACAAAAUCAAAAGUGUGAACAUCUCUGUCAUAUGCCCUACUGCCACUCUGCGUGCAGAUCAAGAUGCCUUCAUUCAUGGACCCCAACUGAGCUACCUGCGUCUGGAUGGAAAUGAGAUCAAGUCACCAAUCCCAAUGGAUUUAAUGUCAUGUUUUAAGCUUCUUCAAGCUGUCAUUAUAUAAACAUAUCCUCACAAAUCCAAACUUGGUUCAAGAGCCAGUGUGUGUGAAAUUAAAUCUGGUUACUACUCUUAGAUCUACACAAAGGCACUCACAUUUCCACUUGCUCUUGGCCACCAAUUUCAACUGUGCAGCUUCUGUUUUGCUAAUCUAAGAUGCUUCCGCCACUGACACAAAGGUACAGCUUUAUCCGUUUGCUUUUCUUUAAGGAAGAGAAAACAGACACAGAGUUGAAAUAGAUUUUUCAGCUCAAAGGUAGUUAUUUUUUCUGUCUCUCACAGUUAUUCACAUCAAAUAAUUCACUUACAUUGUUACACACUGAAAACAAUUUAUUUGUGUGUGCUUAAAUUUAUUCCUGCAGGGGUUGCAUUUGCUGGGUAAGUGCGGCAGUGGGGAAGAACUGGGUAGACCUGAAGAAAAUAAACAAUUAAGUAUUGCUUGAUUUUGAUUGUAAUGAAUUUAGUGCAAAUGAUGAGUGGUAGAGACCCAUGCAAGCUUGGCAUUUAGCUCGGGAGUGGGUAUCAAAGAAACCAAGAGCUUUGUGAAGAGUCUUCUAGUCAGUUGAUCUUAAAUAACAAAGCAGAGAUAUCAUCAGUAGUUCGCUGCCAUUUCCUAGUGAUGUUUUUCUUAGAUCUGGCACACUAUUCUCCAAGUAAAAUCCUAUAUUUUGCACUUAUUAUAACACAUUGCUCACAAGAAAAUGUUAUUUUAACAGUAGAAAAUUAUUCAAAUUGCAAAUAUGCAGCUCUUCAUUGGACCAUGAUUGUUGGAUUUUUCUUAAUAAAAAGAGCAAAUGCUUUCUAACAAAACAGAAGUAUAAUACUUUUU